UAUAUACAUAGGUCUCUCCCUCACCACAUACUCAAUUCAACUCAUUUGAACUUCAUAGCUUUCAGUUUUACAAACCGUAUUCCAAGAUAAAUCUUUCUGAGUUCCUUUGCGACUCUCUUAUAAGCUACCUGCAUCGUUGUUUUAUCAAAAAUGGAGUUAAAUUUGGCGGUGAGUAGCGUACGAAUCACAAGUUGCAGAGAACAACCACCUUCAGUGGAGGGAAUUCAAUUAAGAGAGACUCGAUCCUCUUACUUCCUCAAUAUUAAGCUUCAAGGCUUGAGGAAAGAAGAUAUACAGCUGGAAAUGGACAAGGAGCGGUGUUUGGUGAUACGUGGAGAGAGGAAUUCCCAAGACAUGGGAAUGAUAAGGUGGAAAUGGCGGGUAGUGGAGAGUGGCAGUCCAAGCAAGGCUUUCAAAAUCCCAGACGACGUGAAUGUGGGUGGAAUAAGAGCCAGUUUUGAGCAGGGCCUCCUCCAUCUUUCCAUGCCCAAACUCACCCACAACAGAUUUACUCCUUACCACGUUUUCCACAUCCACUCCUCCCAUCAUCCUCCUCUUGCCCAUCGCCCACAUCAAUCCCACAAACAACAAGAACAAGCAGAUAACAUGGCUGAUAAAUUGCCAACUAUUUCUGAGGAUGCUGACAUGAAGAUGGAGCCGCUGUCGCCGGGGCAUCCAGAAGAAGAAGAUGAAGAUGGUAAAAUGUCGGCAGAGGCUCCAGCAAGAGAGUAUGCACCAUCGAAUUCUGUGAAAUCAGUAGAUGAUUCAAUAAAGAAGGAAGUGUUUGUUUCUCAAUCUGAGAAUCAACAGGAAGAUGUUAUGCAGGAAAAGCGUGGAGAUGUAGAAGAGACAAUUGGUAAAGGCAUUGAAGGUGAGGAGACGGCAGGGGCCUCUUCCUUAAAGAUGACUGGUGCACCAGAUUCUCAAGCAAAGGGAGGACCGAUUCUGCAAGAGGAGGAGGAAGAGGAGAAAGGAAAUUAUGAAAAGGCAAAAGAAGAAAGAGAUAUUGGCAAUGGGUACGUGGAAAGUGAAAUGUGUGAGCAUCCCAAGCCAUUCUUAUGCAUAGGAUUAUCACAUAUAUUCUCUGCCAUUGCUGCAAUAGCUAGUCGUAAGCGGCGGUGUCCAUAAGAAUCGUUUGGUUGUCUGGGCUUAGUUUUUUAGAGAGGAUCUCUUUUCUUGUCUAACUACUGAUAUUAUAUUUAUUCUCUUGUGGCUUAAAGCCCAUUACUACAUCGUCAUUCUUUGUAUGAAAUUCAAUUCAUAAAGCACGGGAAGAAAAGAAUGUCUUGCG